AGGGUGGGGGGGACAGGAGCAGGAGGAGCUGGAGGAGGUGGCGGUGGAGGUGCAGGCUGAGACCCGCCGCACCGUGGAGCUCCGGGCGGCAUGCGGCUCCCCGCGCUACUGGGGCUCCUCGCCUCGUGCGCUUUACUGCUCGCCCCCGCCGCCCAAGCGUGCGGCCCCGGGAGGGGAUACGGAAAGCGGAGGACCCCCAAGAAGCUGACGCCCCUCAGCCUUAAGCAGUUCAGCCCCAACGUGGCCGAGAAGACGCUGGGGGCCAGCGGUAGGGUGGAGGGCAAGAUCACCAGAAACUCGGAGCGCUUUAAGGAGCUCACCCCCAACUACAACCCCGACAUCAUCUUCAAGGAUGAGGAGAACACGGGCGCGGACAGGCUCAUGACGCAGCGCUGUAAGGACAAGCUGAACUCCCUGGCUAUCUCCGUCAUGAACAUGUGGCCAGGCGUGAAGCUGAGAGUCACUGAGGGCUGGGAUGAAGAUGGAAAUCACUUUGAUGACUCUCUGCACUAUGAAGGCAGAGCGGUGGACAUCACCACCUCUGACCGCGACCGUAACAAGUACGGCAUGCUGGCCCGGCUGGCGGUGGAGGCCGGUUUCGACUGGGUCUACUAUGAGUCCAAAGCACACGUUCAUUGCAGCGUGAAGUCAGAACACUCUGUGGCUGCGAAGACAGGCGGCUGCUUCCCCGGAGGCGCUCUGGUCACUCUGGAGGACGGGAGCAGGAAGGCCAUGCGUGAACUGCAGCCCGGAGAGCGAGUGCUGGCCUCGGUCCAGAGCGACGGCAGUGGUCAGCUCCUCUACAGCGAGGUCAUCGCUUUCCUGGACCGCAGCCCUGUGGCCCGGCAGCAGUUUUGCACGGUAGAGACGGACUCUGGGGCCACGCUGAGCCUGACCGCCACACACCUGUUGUUUGUGGCUGAAGGAAACUGCUCGGGGCCCGCAGCUGCCGGCCGGCUCAGGACUGUGUUUGCCAGCCAGGUGCGGCCGGGCCAGUGCGUGGUUUCGACACUGGGGGCGGGUCUAGAAGGGCACCUGUCCCGGGUCAGCAGGGUGAAGAUGCGGGAGGACAUGGGAGUGUUUGCUCCGCUGACCAGCCACGGCACAGUGGUGGUUAAUGACAUUGUCUCCUCCUGUUACGCGGCCACAGACCAGUUCCGUCUGGCUCACUGGGCUUUCGGGCCGCUCAGAGCUCUCCAUAGCUGGGGAGGGCCGAUGGGCCACCAGGUUGAGGGAGUGCACUGGUACUCCUCACUGCUGCACUGGGUGGGGAGCAAAGUUCUUGACCCGAAGCACUUCCACCCAUGGGGCAUGAUGGGUAUGGACCGAUGAGAGAAAGAGGACAGUGCAUGUUGGAAGCAAAAAAAGAGACUAGAAAGAAUCCACAGCAUGGAAUGGAGAACAGUAUGAGAACAAUAAAAAAAUAAGCGAUAAAAGAAGGUAGAGUAAUGGUUCUAAAACAAGAAGAAGAAGAAGAAGAAGAAGGAGAAGAAGGAGAAGAAGUUCUGAAAUGAAGGACAGAGUAUCUUCUCACUCAACAAGACUAUAUUUCCUUUAAAGACUUGAAGGAAGCAGUAAUUUUGUCGUUUUUUCCUCCCUUGGAGAAUGGUGUUAAUGGACGCCAACGUCAAAAAUUCAAAAACCCAUCUGUAACAAAAUUCAAUGCAACACUAUUUAAUGGAAAAAUGGGUUUCUUUUACUGCCUACACACUGGAACAUAAUCGUUAAACACUCACAAACUCACAAACACGCACACACAUUCAUUUACAUGCACCUAGGCCUGUCACGAUAAUUACAUUAUCAAUUGAUCAUACAAUAAUAAAUGGACACAAGAAGUCUAGCUGACCUCAAUAUUGCCUAUUUUUUUUUAUUUACAUAUUUGUUUACAUAUUUUAUCGAGUUGUGCACCAUCUAACAUGUAGAAAAAACAUGCAGCGCUUAAAAUUUAAUGCUCUUUAAGAAUCACCAUUAUAUCAAUGGCAAAACAUUGGCUUAAACUGAAAAUACCAGAGAGUAUAGUAGAAAAAAUAGUUAUCGUGACAGACCUACAGUACAUGCAUCACACAACAUUUUUCUAGUGAAUGAGGUAAUGCAGCAGGUUUAAACUGCUCAGGUAAGCAGUGACUCAGCCUUAGCCUGUCUGAUACUGUAGGUGUUCGAGUAGGAUGAAGUUUAUGGUUAUAUGGAGAGGAAGGAUGGCAGGAAUGGGGCACUCACAUACACACAGACAAAUUAUUUCUGAAGAAAAGCUCUGUUAUCUUUGGAUAAGGCAUUUUAACCAUCAGAGUCAGAAAUCAGAAAAAUCCUGUUCUCAGCAGUCAACCGUUCCAUAUGUUAUUUGUUACGUACUGUUCUUACUCUCAUUUAGUCUCUCAGAUUCUCAGUUCAGAUUUAAUCUUGGACCCAUUGAUGCUGUCAACGUUUCACGUUUCUUGCUGAAAAAGUUCUCUCUGUAACUUCAUUAAGUAUUUAAUGUUCAUGGUCAUGUUGUACACUGUAUUUCUACAUAUAGCAUACACAAGGGGGUAAAACACACGCCAGUACACACAGUACUUUAUUAGAGUUAUUUAAUGAAAAUACUGAAAUAUAUGAUGUUAUUCACUUAGUAAAACCAUUACUUCAGUGAACAGCCUUAUGUUAUGCCAUACAGUCUGUAUUCCCGAUGUAUGCUUUAUGGAUUAAUACUCCAUAUACAAUCUGACUUGCUGUAUUUACCUUUUUAUUUUGUGGCAUUAUUCACUUUUUACCAGAAAGAUGUCAGAAAUUAUAUAAUAAAAUUAUUUAAAGAUCUAUUUUUCAAAAUUAAACAAUAUGGAAAUA